GGGACCUAGGCCACCACCUCGCACCGCGCAGUGCCUUCCCGGAGCGCGUCCUCAUCGCUGAACUUUCCAGAGCAGCAGUGACCGCAGCAGCAAUGGCCCCAACUUGGGUACCCGCCGUGGGCUUCACCCUGGUGCCCAGCCUGGGGGGCUUCCUAGGCUCGUACUACGUCCGUGGGGAGGGCCUCCGCUGGUACGCCAGCCUGCAGAAGCCCACGUGGCACCCGCCCCGCUGGGCACUGGGCCCCAUCUGGGGCACCCUCUACUCGGCCAUGGGGUAUGGCUCCUACAUGGUCUGGAAAGAGCUGGGGGGCUUCUCGGAGGAGGCUGUGGUUCCCCUGGGUCUCUACGCCGGGCAGCUGGCCUUGAACUGGGCAUGGCCUCCCCUCUUCUUUGGCAGCCGACAAAUGGGUUGGGCGCUGGUGGACCUCCUGCUGACGGGUGGGCUGGCAGGAGCCACGGCUGUGGCCUGGCACGGGGUGAGCCCACCAGCCGCCCGCCUGCUCUACCCGUACCUGGCCUGGCUGGCCUUUGCAGCCACACUCAACUACUGUGUAUGGCGGGACAACCAAGGCUGGCGUGGUGGCCGUCGGCUUGCCGAAUGAAAGAGCCCCGUCCUCUGAGGACCACAGCUGCUGCCGAUCAGGUGCUGCCCAGGGUGGUGGCCCUUAUACUUCCAUGGCCGCCUGGCCUGCAGGUCUGUCUGGGUCUCAGCCCCGGGGGUCACCACCAGCUUCAGAAGUGCCCCAGGCCGAGCCUCUAUCCCAGAAACGGCAUCCUGCGCUUUCUGCACUGCCCCAAGCAUGCUCUCGGAACACGGAAGGUUAGAAGCCAAAUAAAAUUUUUAACCUCC